AUGGAUGAAAAGAGAAGAGAAGGAAAUAAAAGGGAAAAUAAUGAAUCGAACACACUCGCGUUUGUGCUUCUACUCAUCAUUGCACUCGCACUCGCACUCGCACUUACACUCCUGGUCGCGGUCGCAGUUGCAGUUGCAGUUGCAGUUGCAGUUGCAGUUGCAGUUGCAGUCGAAGUUGUAGUUGUAGUUGCAGUUGCAGUUGCAGUUGCAGUUGCAGUUGCAGUUGCAGUUAUACUUGUAUUUUGUACUUUCGCUUAG